GCCACCUCUCUCCACGUUCACCCCCCGCAUUCACCCGCAAUGUCGCACCCACAUAACGACUACUGGUGACUCCGCUGUCUGCGAAGACCUCAACUAUGGAUCCACGGUACAACUGGCCCCCGCAGGCCCAUGCGAAUGGCCAGUAUGUGCCCUACACUCCACGGCAACCAACAAACGGCUACCAACAAAAUGGCUACGACCCACAAUACCCUCCGAUGCAAAUGCAGAUGUCUCAGGGCUAUCCGCAGUCGCAGCCAUAUCAAGGAUACCCCCAGGCGAUGGCCCCGGGGCCUGGUGUGCAGCAAUACUCACAAAUGCACCCGCAGCUGCAACAGCAGCAGCAACAGCAGCAGCAACAACAACAGCCAUACCGACAGCAGCCUCAGGUCAUUAUCCCAGCCAGAGCCCCGAGCUUCGCUUCGCCCAUGCAGAUGCAGGGACCAAAGAUACGACAUGUACAAGUGCCCGUUCAGCGAACAAGCAGCAUGGGAAUUGCACAGACAGACGGAGCUGGAGACCAGCAUCGCCAGUAUAGCACACAGCAAGGACCAACCCGCCCUACCUCGAAUUCCGUACAGCGAUCACAAGCGAAUCAAGAAACUGGACCUCGACCCCAGCAGCGAACCGUGAACACACCAGUGUCGAAUCAAGCCCAGCAUCGCGUGCCCCUACAACCCCAAUCCACACCACAACAGCGUCCGCAGUCUCUGUCACAAACCCCCUCGAGCAAGAACCGAAACCCUUCCGUACAACAGCCAUCCUCGGCGCGUAGAUCGCAUCCUAAAGUCGUCAUUCCAAAAUCGUCCUCGCACCAGCUCACACCAACAAAGCAUGCUCAUGUUCCGCAGAAAGCGCUCCCGGCCGACCUCUCAAUCAUGCUACUGUCGGCUGCAGAUGAGUACGUUGCUGCUGCUCGCGGCAUGGGGCCGUUAAUCAUACGAGACAGGAAGGAAGUCGACCUUCGACAGUACUAUAAGCUGAUGUCCACAGCUAUGGGGUGUAUGGAGGCUGUUUUGAAGGAGUUUACCAUGCUCCCGCGCGAUGAAGCAAAGUUGCGACUGCGAUAUGCAACUUUACUGGUCGAAGAGACGGAUAACACAGCCGACAUCGACGAAAUAGUAUCUAAACUAAUCUCGCUUUGCUCACGAUGUCGACUUGAAGACUUGAAGUAUGCCACAUUACAUCUUCAGGCUCGCUACCAGUUCAAGACGAAUUGUCGCGCAGCCUUGAUCUCCCUAGACAAACCGAUCUCUGAGGCGGAGACGUUUGAGCACACUGCCUGGGUGUACGCCCUUCGCUUCCUGAAGGUCUCACUUAUGCUGCAAAUACCCGGACGUUUGGAGGUAGUCCCAGCUCUACAACAGUUGCAUGCCAUAUCAGCAAAGGCCAAAGAGAAGGGUGAUCGAGCGAUUUACCUGGCGUGUAGCGCACUUGAAGCCUUAGUUCAUCUGCGAUCUGGAGCUCUCGAUCGGCUUGAGCAAGCGCAGCGGGCAAUCGCAGCAGCGCGAAGCCUACAACUUCAGGUAUCUACCAAACAACUAGUGUCGUUUGGGACGCUCAUCGAUGCCAUUGACAUUGCAUGUGGCAUUCAACAUGGCAUGCCCAACCGCCAAAAGUCAAAAUCGUUUAUGGAAGCCGCAUUGGAAGAGAACGACGAAACACCUAGCCAAGAGGAUGGAGUGUUCACUGUUCUUGUCGAACGAAGUGUUGCGGGAGACUUGACGUCUGACACUGGUGGAGUCUUCCGAAAGAGCGCGGAUGGGCGAGACGAACUCGUCUUCGCCUGGCUCCCUAAGGAAGACCUGAAGAUGCUAUGCUUUCACAUCAGUGCUUUGGAUCAAAAUAUCCAUGAUAAAGGUCUCAAGCUCAUGCGGGAAGCCCACCAACGCGCAAAAGACGCUCCGAUACGCCAAACAUUGUACACCCUACCAAUUUCGCUGGGCCUUGCCCACACCAACUGGAUCAGGGUUUUGGACUGGCAUUCGAUGUGCGCUAUUGGUAUCAUGGCCUGCUUCCGGCAAGAACCCGCAACAGCCACCAAAGUUCUCACUAUACUCAGGAAGCAGGUUGGAAAUGCAACACAUGAAAAUAGGGAAACGUUCAAGCGCACACUAUCAUAUCUUUCAGCGAUCAAUGACCAAACGUGCGGCUUCCUAGACUCUGCUUUUGCGACUUAUGCUUCGGAUGUACUCGCGCUACCAGAUAAAGGCCCUGCAUCCGAUAUCAGAGUCCUUGCAGCACUGAACCGAAUCCUGAUUGCACGAAAUCCGGCCCAUCCACAACGAUCUAUAAUCAGUGUAUUGCUCGCGCAACUGAAAACACACUGCCAAACUCAUGAAAACCAAUACAUCAAGAUGGCCUUCCACAUGUUGCAUGCCAUGUCGUGCGAAGAAGCUGCAAUUAACCGUCACAAGACACUGAUACAAACCACGAAUAACCGCGCCAACGAGAUCUUCAAGAACACAGAGAACCGCGAGUUCUUGAUCAUGGCACUGUCCUACUUUAGUAUGCGUUUCUUUGCAGACCAAGUCGGCGCGAAGUCGAUUCAAGCUGUACGAGUUACAUUAUCUAACGCGAAGCAACACAAAAAGCCCUUGUGGGUGGCAGUUGCAUUGGGCUUGUGCAUGAACACAUAUCAACGCAGCGGGAUGAUCGAGGAGGCGCAAAAGUGUCAAGAACAGUUUGAAGCUGUCAGACCGCUUUUACCUCCUGCUUUGAGAGGCGAAGAGGAUAUUGAUGCAGAGGGUGAAGAGGACAGCUAGAUUGAGGAGGUGGAGUGUAUCACAACACUAAGUGUGAGCGUCUCUUAGUAUAGGCUUGUGCAUAUUGCGGCGUUACAUGGGGGACUGUAUCAUCUAUCGGGUCGAGAUACCACAUAAGCCACAACAGGCUCGGCGUACUUCGGCAUCUGGGUGGUGUUAAAAUCAUAGCGAGGAGCUGCACUUUUGCAGCUUCGCCGGUGUUAUUCCUUAUCACGGGGCUCACAGGUCAGUUUUGAUACGAAUAUUAGGUAACCCGAGAGAGACAUGAAUUUCAAUUUAUACGCAUGAAAGUA